AUGUCCCUCUUCGGAUCAUCACCACCGGCGGAUUCGCCCUCAAACACCUCUGCUGCGCCCUCGCGGUCGCUGUUCGACGAAGGCUCCAUGUCAAAGUCCGGCUCCAAUUCGCUCUUCACCGACGACGAUCUCGCCGGAGCCGAGAGCUCACCCUGGGACAUGCCCACUCCGAGGAAGAAGCAGUCGCGCGCCGAUGUCGUCCGCAACCUCUUGUCCGCCUCCGACGUCCCCGAGCCCUACAUUGAGACCUUUGACACAGUCGUGCGCGAAGAUGGCAGCGGAGGGCGCGUCAACGCAGGUGGCAUAGCCAAGCUAUUCGCUGCUGCGCGCCUGGGAGCCGACCAGCAGGCGCAGAUCAUGUCCAUGGUUGUGCCAGCUGCAGGUGGCGACAUUGCUGUCGGACGCGGCGAGUUCAACGUCCUGCUGGCUCUUAUUGCCCUGUCACAGGAGGGCGACCACAUCAGCCUCGACACCCACCAGCAAACACCCACUUUUGUCUUGCCCACCUUGUUAUGUCAUGACCUCGGCACCCUGUUCGCCGAGCUGAGCUACCCGACCCUCGCAACUAUCCCUCCUUCGUACCUUGCUACCACUUAUCAGUGCGCGCAAUCUCUCGCCGGCUUGACUGCUGCUCCCGUGAUGCCUCCCGUCUCCGAGCUGGCUGCCAAACCUCCUCAAGCCCCUGCAACCCCCGUCCAAGAUACCCCAUCGCCGCCCUCACCGCCGCCGCCGCAGCCCACCACUCUGCGCCGACCUCCGAUGGACUUCCCAGAGCCAGAGGACCCAUGGAACUCUCCCGAUGUACACAAGGGCCACGCCCACGCCAUCGCCGAGUCCCCCAGUAGAACCAACGGCGCCAGCCCCCAGCGCCCUGCAGCAAAUGGCAAUGGCAACGGCAAUGGCCACUAUAGCACGUCUCCCAGCACCGCCAUCGCCGGUCGAACCAUCUCUUCCUACACAUCUGCGGCCAUCGGCUCAGAGAGGAGUUCUGGGAGGCAGGAUGUAAACACCGGCACAUCGCCGGGUGGUGGAUGGGGCGGCUACUUUGAUGGCAACACCACGGGAGGCGGCUUCAGCGAACCACCCCAAAACAACCAGGUCACAAGUCCUUUUGGCGGUGCAAGCGGUGGACGCGACGCGAAUCUUAACCCUGCGACCGUGCCCUCUCUGCGGCCUGCCGUGAGCGGUCGUUCGGGAAGUUCUGUCGAGGAGAACGUCGUCAUCACGUUGAUGCCGGAGAAGGAAGGACUCUUCAUGUUCCAACAUCACAACUACGAGGUUGCGAGCGUCCGACGGGGUAGCAAGGUCAUCAGGCGGUACAGCGACUUCGUCUGGCUUCUGGACUGCCUACACAAGCGGUAUCCGUUCAGAGCUCUCCCUCUGCUGCCGCCUAAGCGUGUUGCUGUCAACGGUAACCACUUCUCUAAUGACGGCGCAUUUAUCGAGAAGCGCCGCAGAGGCCUUGGGAGAUUCCUCAAUGCACUUGUCCGGCAUCCCAUUCUGAGCCAGGAACAGCUCAUCAUCAUGUUCCUUACUGUCCCGACUGAACUGGCUGUAUGGCGCAAGCAGGCCACCAUCUCCGUUCAAGAUGAAUUCUCCGGACGUGCCUUGCCGCCUAACCUGGAAGACUCGCUGCCGCCCACCCUCGAGGCCAUGUUUGAUAAGACGCGCUCCGGUAUCAGACGGUCAGCCGAGCUGUACAUUAACAUCUGCAACGUCAUGGAUCGUUUGGUGAAGCGCAGCGAGGGAGUUGCGGCGGACCAUGCUCGUAUUGCCAUGUCUCUGACCUCACUCACCGAAACGAGUGCCGACACAUACGCCAGCGACACCAACGAUGUGCCUCUGCUCAAUGAUGGUCUGACGUCCAUGAGCAGACACUUGAGAACGUGCCAGACGCUUUUGGAAGAUGAGAGCAAGGCCUGGGAAGAGGGCGUGUUGGAGGAUCUCAAGCGCCAACGAGAUGCUCUCGUGAGCAUCCGUGACUUGUUCGAUCGCAGGGAACGUCUGGACAAGGACAAUAUUCCCUACCUUGAGCGAAGGAUCCAGACAAAUGAGACCAAGUUGGCCAGUCUCCGCAGCAAACCCGAUGGCAUGGUCAAGCCUGGUGAGAUUGAGAAGGUGGUUGAGUCUAUUCUCAAGGACAAGGAGUCCAUCGUCAACCAACACAACCGAUCCAUCUUUGUCAAGGAGUGCAUCCGUGACGAGCUCAUCUACUUCCAGACCACCCAGUUCCACGUCUCGCGUUGGAACCAAGACUGGGCUCAGGAGCGCGUCAAGUACUCCGAAAUGCUGGCCGACAAUUGGCGCCGUCUUCUCGAUGAGCUUGACGGCAUGCCCCUCGGCGACUAA